AAAAGAACAUUUCGUAGAUAGCGGAGGAGCCCAUCUGGUGUGCUCUGCUUCGUUAUCGAGGUACGCAGCAGCUCAGUGCCGUCUGUGUUUCACAGCGAUCUUCGCCGGUUUAUUGUCUGGUGGAAAUUCAUACGUAUCCCUGUGUACAAGAACUCGCUAGAUGACGAUGACUGCCAAUGGCAGUCCUUGCGUUCACUAUUUCUGCCCCGUUCUUCUACCCUGUGUAAACGCUGAUAGCUGUGUCAUGCCACAUUUCCCGAUUUUGCGCCUCGACGGGGACGGUGAAAAUUCAUUUCAAAUUUGGAUGGCGCCAUAGGCGAUGAGUGUAGAACAGUAACUGCGACUGAAAAAUUGUCUCCCUCUUUUCAGCUGUGUUGUUCCGUUUUCGCGCUAGAUAGUCUUCCCCAAUGUGCUUUUUUUUACGGAUAGAAGUUUCUUUCUUGCCAAAAGGAGGAAAAGAAAGAAAGUACGUGCCACGAACCGAUUCCUGUGUAACGUGACUAGCGGCGUCUUGGAAGGAGACAGUGUGACCUUCAAGGCCUUUGCCUUCAUUUUUCUUCCUGAGGUCUUCCCCGGUUCAAGCGCUGCCUUUUCAUUCCGUCCGCUUCGGACGUUUCUUAGGUGACACCCUCCCUUUCGUCAAAUUUUUCCCUUAUGUCUCCUUUUACCUUCUUUCUGUCUCUCUACGCUGCCUUUCCCGCCCUCCCUCUUUGAGUUAUCCCCCACAUUUGACAAGAUGUCGACAAUUGGCUGGUGAGCUCGAGCAACUGUGAGCACUUACAUCAAGCGUGAUUUGUGUGUUUCAGAGCAUGCGUACUCCACGCCGCUGUCCUUCAAGGUACCGCGCCCAGCCCUGAGUGCCCGGUGACUGAGGCAAAAUGCCUGCCUCGAUGGUACUCCACAAAUACGUUUGCAAUGCAGUUUGCGGAGUAGGACAUUUUAUGUUCGGGAAGGAGGGAAGUCGAGCAAGUCUGCACGUGCUGCAGCCAGGUGUAAUUACACUGAGUCCGACACUCCAUCCGCCUGGUUCACCCGAUGUUGAUGCUUUUCCUUGGCCAUAUCCAUUCAAAAGAUGGAGACAGAAGACGCAUGCUUUCCGGGAUUUUUCCGUGCAUCUCUCAAUUCCUUUCUUCCCGGCGUCUCCUGUGGCGACAACUCCCGCUCCGUUCUGUCGAACUGCAGGGAGGGGGACGGAAAAUCAACAGAUUUGCUGCAGUUCAUUGCCCGCCGCACCCCUGACAUCGCAACGACUCGUUGCUUGCUGGAACACCCAUCCCUCCUGUCGAAUGCAAUCCGGCUUGGUUCCCUCUAGAAAAAUCCGUUCCUUUUCUUCGGUAAUAAUAUCCAAAAGCAGAAAAACCCAAGGAGCUGAUGCUGGGGGACAGCAGUCGGCACGCGGCUCAGGAAGGAAACGGUAUCGACGGGCAGUGAAUGCCGGAGAAGAGGAAGGCGAGCGGAACGAUGAACUCGGUGACGAUGGACUUCCUCGGCUUGUGCGAAAAGCGGUUGAGGCUUCUUUCUCCCCCCGUUCGUUCCCCAUCUCUUUCUGGGAAGCACAAGCUGAGCAGGCGUUGCGUCUCCUUCCCUCCUUGCUGCCCUUCCACUUGGCAUCUCUGCUUCUUGCGUACGCUCGGGCUGGUGUCCGUCACCCGCCUCUUGCAGCAGCGAUCGUUCAUCAGUUCGCUGAAAUCUCGAGUCGACAGCGGUAUCAUCCGUUGCUUUUGUCUCCGCGUUCAAUCGUGUAUGCAAAUGCGCUCGUGAGUAACGGAAAAUCGAAGAAGCGUUCUGCGAAGCAGUGCUUGACAGGAGAGAUAGAGGAAGAGCGGCAGCGCGUAGACUUUGCUGCGUUUUCAACCGUACUCCUCUCCCUCGAAAGACUCCAUCUUCUUCACCACCCUCUUGUGCAUGAACCAGCAGAGAGACUCCAGUGUGUGCUUCUUCAUCGGCUGCAGGGAGAGUGUGAUUCGUUCAGUUUCCGCCACCUCAAGCGACUGAUGUUGCUGCUCGCGAAACUCUCAGCAGUUGACAGCACGCGAUGUUCACGGCGUGCGGAUGGCAACCCCGCAGGCGGGACCAGUCGGGGACCUGCAGAGGGCAGACAAUAUUCGUCAACAGACAUCCAGAGACUGCGCUACGAAGAAACCGGGUGUGAGGAGGGAGAAGUAAGACGCCCGCUCGAGAAUCGAGCCUUCCUCGUGGAAGUCAUGGUGGCAGCAGCCGAGAAGGCACUGGAAGCUGAUCGGCCUCCAGCCGACGCAGUCAAGAAGGUGACCCUUGACGACAGAGAAAUGUUCCCGGUUGUCUGGUGCAUAACAAGAUUUGACCAAAUGAUUUUUUCCAAAUUCGCUCGCAAACGCACGGAUGUCUCGAUGGGAGAAAUUCCGUUGGGAGGCACUCCAAGUGAGGUUUUUCAAUCCUCAGUUCGGCGCCGGGAAAGGACGCGCUCAGAGCAGGCAGACGAAGCGCACGAAACUCCGUCAAGAGACAAGACGUGUCCAGUGGAUACGGAGGAAGAUGAUGGAUUUAGUUACAAGUUUGUUCUAGGUGGCAUGUCCCAUCAUCACCCCGAGGACGAGCUAACAAAGGACGUGGUUGAUAUGUACAUGCAAGCUCGUGCGAAGCUGCUAAGACGUGCCACUCAAGGUGUCCGGACGAUCAUCGUCUCAAGACUCCGCUGUGCGCCUCUGGAUGCUGCGAUGGCGCUGGACGCGUAUCUCCUCUUCAAAGAUCAAUAUAUGAGCACGAAAACGGAGCAUUAUUUUUCGUUUGUUGUGUCGAACGCCACCUUUGAGGAGCUUCUCACGCUUGCGGACGGUUUCAGACAUUUACGCAUUGCCCAGGAACGCGUAUGGAAUGUCUGGUGUCAGCAGGUUGAACGCCGCUUGUCGCUCCACGCGUGUCAAGACAGCAGCUGGGAAGACCGCAGAGAUCCACCCCUUCGACCUCCAUCGUUGGAAACUUUGCAAGCGGUGCGUGGCUGGUUUCAACUGCUGGGCCGCCCCUGUCCGCUGAUAGAAGCAUUGCUAGCACAGGUGACCGUGAGGGCAGAACAGUAGAAGGGCGCUGCUCUCGAAACCAUGUUUCCGAAAUGUUCCGCCAGAGGGCGUCAUGCAAGCCGUAAACGUCCAAAAAAAAUACAAAUGAGCUGAAGGAAGCGACUACUUCUGUGGCAGCAUAUCUUGUCGCAUGCGUUUUUUUAACAAUCGUUUGGGCUACUUGCACACACUUUUAAAGUUAGACUGACUCUGUCUUGAACAGCGUGUCCGCGUAACAGUUUCGGAGAAA